AUGAGGAAGGAGUCUGAAGCAUUGGAAAGACAAGUCUCGGGCUUGUUUCCAGUUUCCUUCUAUCGCCUGAUGCGGGCCUUAUUACUUUGGUAG